AAAAGGAUCGCAGAGUAAAGAAGAACUUUGAGAAAUUCAGAUAUAUGAAGUUGAUUUCCAUGGAAACCUCGUUAUCCUCUGAUGACAGUUGUGACAGCUUUGCUUCUGAUAAUUUUGCAAACACGAAACCUAAAUUCAGGUCAGAUAUCAGUGAAGAACUGGCAAAUGUUUUUUAUGAGGACUCUGAUAAUGAAUCUUUCUGCGGCUUUUCAGAAAGUGAGGUGCAAGAUGUGUUAGACCAUUGUGGAUUUUUACAGAAACCAAGGCCAGAUGUCACUAACGAACUGGCCAGUAUUUUUCAUGCUGACUCUGACGAUGAAUCCUUUUGCGGUUUCUCAGAGAGUGAGAUACAAGAUGGAAUGAGGCUGCAGUCAGACCACGCAGGCUGUAGGACCCGCAGUCAGUGCCGGCGGGCCGGACCUCUCCGGGUGGCCAUGAAGUUCCCAACUCGAAAUACCAGUGGGGCAGCUAACAAAAGACCCGCACCCUCCAAGCCCUCAGAGAGUUCUGUGAAUGAUUCCAGUUCUGAUUCAGAAGAUGAAAAUGGCAUGAAGUUUUUGGAGAAAAGAGCUUUGAAUAUAAAGCAAAACAAAGCAAUGCUUGCAAAAUUAAUGUCGGAAUUAGAAAGCUUCCCUGGCUCAUUCCCAGGACGGCGUUGCCUUCCAGGCCCCAGUUCACAAUCAAAGACACCCCGAAGGCGUACCUUCCCAGGUGUUACUUCCAGGAGAAACCCCGAACGGAGAGCUCGUCCUCUUACCAGGUCAAGGUCCCGGAUCCUUGGGUCCCUGAGUGCUCUACCCACAGAGGAGGAGGAAGAAGAGGAGGAUAAGUACAUGUUGGUGAGAAAGAGGAAGGCUGUGGACGGCUACAUGAACGAAGAUGACACACCCAGAGGUCGUCGUCCAGGAUCCAUGACCCUUCCGCAUGUCAUUCGCCCAGUGGAAGAAAUUACAGAGGAUGAGUUGGAGAACAUCUGCUGCAAUUCUCGAGAGAAGAUAUAUAGUCGUUCAUUGGGAUCUACUUGUCAUCAGUGCCGCCAGAAAACUAUUGAUACCAAAACAAACUGCAGAAACCCAGAGUGCUGGGGUGUUCGAGGCCAGUUCUGCGGUCCCUGCCUUCGAAACCGUUACGGCGAAGAGGUCAAGGACGCUCUGCUGGAUCCAAACUGGCAUUGUCCACCUUGUCGAGGAAUCUGCAAUUGUAGCUUCUGUCGGCAGCGCGAUGGGCGGUGUGCAACGGGGGUCCUUGUGUACUUGGCCAAAUACCAGGGCUUUGGGAAUGUUCAUGCUUACUUGAAAAGUCUGAAACAGGAAUUUGAAAUGCAAGCAUAACAUUUAGAAGAUCCACUGCCUGCCUUUCCACUGCACCAAUCUUCCUUGUUAAACUUUCCAAUUUUGUCAUGUGGUUGAAAUCCGAGUUAAGAAUUUUGAUGGCCAGUCUGUUUCAUAGGAAACUCAAAUCAAGUUUAUCUCAUUAGAAAGGUGUUUCCGAGCAUCGUGGAGCAUAUUGCUAGCAAUGCUUUGCCCUGCUAUUUCUCCUUUGCUUUCCUCCACCCCUCACCCUCCCCACACUUUUUCUUUUAGUUUCUGAAUUCUUUUUAAAUGAUGGUUUUAUGAAAGCAUGUUUGAUUUAAUUGGUGUUCAGAUAGCCUUGGAAUCCACCUAUAAAACCAAGCACUUAGAAACACAGUAAUAGUGUUAACUAACUACAUCUUUUGAAUUCUAGAGACCAGCUGUCAAAGUUGUUGACACAAAAACAAUGGGUAUGAUUCAGUGUUUUGUACUAGUUGAUAUUUUUAACAGACUCAAGGCACGAAGUUCUUAAAACCAUGUGGAAAAAUGCGAUCGUUGGAAAGUGGAAUAUGUUACUUUGGACGCCUCUCAUGAGAAUAUUCCGUAUUUUGUGCUAUUACACAAGUUGUCAGAGCUGAGACUUGCUUGCUACUGUCUUCCACCAUGAGAUUGGAUGGUGCAUCAGACUCUCACAGUCCUGACCCAGAAGUUUGCGGGCAGUGCUAGAAGUCAUUGCAGAAAAGGCAUCUAGGGAAUUAGGAUGGUGAGGCUGAUUUGAAUCUAUGGUAUAAUGGUAGUUGCCAAAUUUAUUUCAGUUCAUAAAUGUAAGGUAUUUCAAAUAAAUUCUUGAUUGUUUUUGCAUGGAGAAUUGAUACUAAUACUAGUCGACAGUCCUUUGCAGCGUUUGCUUUCUUGAAGAACUUAGAAGCUAGCCACAAGGUUCAUGGUCAGGUUUUAAGCACUUUUAGAACAAUAAGUGCCUUUUGGAGAUGGGUGACUUUGCAGUGUGUUAACUUGACAUCGCUGCCAGGUCAGUGUCUGGGCAGAUUGCGUGUGUCGUCCAUAUCCCCCUCCUCUGUUUUUGCAUUACAUCGUU